AAUAUAUCUUCUUUCUAAAAUAAAAUAAGAAAAAACUCAUAUUCCCUUAAACUGUAUAAUUAAUUAACCCUUGAUAUUCAUCAUUGAACCCCCAUACGACAGUCAAGUCAGUAGUUUAGACGUGGAAAUAGAAGUGAAAUGAAUAACUCAAUUAAAUUAGUUCGAGGUAAUUGUGAUUUAUCCGGCAAAAUGUUUGCUGAUUUUUAUUCAACUGGAAGAUUCGUCGAUGUGACUUUAAUGUGCGAAGGAAAGAUACUGAAAUGUCACAAAAUAGUACUUUCGUCAUUCAGUCCUUAUUUUUGUACUUUAUUUUCGGAAAAUCCAAGUAAUGAUACAGUGGUUUACUUAACCGAUUUAAAAUAUAAGCAACUGAAAUAUUUGAUAGAUUUCAUGUAUUUUGGAGAAGUCCAGUUGACUUUCGACGAAAUGUCAGAAUUUAUUGACGCUGCGGAUAAAUUUCAAAUUAAAAAUAUAGUAAAAAUGAUUGAUGAGAAGAAUGACGAAUCGAAGUAUUUUAAGGAUGAAAAAUGUGUGAAGACAGAAAAUUUAACGGAAGAAUUGGACGAAUCGAAAUCAUUGCUAAGAAAACGAUUUAAAUUCGAUAAUGAUUCUACGCAAAUGGCGGAAUCGUGGUCAAAUUACACUUUUUUAAAGGAGAAAUCAGAAAAAAGUCCAUGUUCUAUUCAAAUGAAUUCCCCGUCGACUUCAACAGUUUGCGAAUAUACAGAACAGAAAGUUGGUAUUUUAACAUCGUCGCAAGGACUCUCGGUAUCAGUUUCCUGUAAUCCUUUCUCCAAUAUGACAAAAACAGCUGUAAAUAUGAGCAGAAAUUGAUAACAGAAGAAAGUUUGUAAUACAGUAUAUCUUUCAUUCAUAAAAGUCGAUUGCAACACCACACGCAACUUCAUUCGCUGGAGUCUGACUUGCACAUAAAGCAUAUUCUUAGAUUUUAUAUCAAAAUUAUUAUAUAAAAUAACAUACCAUAUUACGUUCAACUAACAAAUUUUGGUUAUUUGAUUUUGUUAUGUAAUAGUUAAUUUCUAAACAUAUCUUAUGCAGUUCAAAUGUUGGACUUAAAAACACGUUUUAAGUACAAAAUACCAGAAAUAAUGACUUCUGUGUAUUUUUUGAACUUUUACAGUUGUCCAUGUAUUUAUUCAAUAAAAAAUGUUUAAGCUGACUAAUUUGUCGAUAGAUUUAUUGCCAGAAAUUGUAAGUAAUUGGACGCUUAUUUAAAAAAUGAAACGUGAACAGAAAGGAAAGG